AUGCCACGUAACAAUCAUUGCACAACCUCUGCUAUCUUCUUUGCUCGGUCUAAUCCUUGCAACAAAGAAAUUCGCAAAAGCAGAGACAAUGCCUGGGCCGCGUUCAACACACGAAAGCAUAUCGUCUUGAGAGUGUACUCAUCCAAAGCGAACGCAAGCGACCUGCUCUUCAUUGCUUUGGUCGCGAUGGAUCUCAAGAACGGUGAACACGUCGAAGGCGAAUUCGUAGGGCGUCUUGAAUUCCAAGACACACAAAGUUUUAACCCCAAGAUUAAAUCAUAUGGGGUUUGGGCGGUGCGUCAAAAAAGUACCCCAGAACUUUCCGUCGCAACGGGAGGACCAGAGUCGAAAGAUGUACUAACUUGGAAAGUUUAG